CCUAAACCAGUCCGUAGCAGAAGAUGACGGCGGGAAAAGAAUGAGAAGAUAAGCGAAUGGCGGGAAGAAAUUGAGGAAUUCCCAAUCCCAUUUCAUUUUAUUUUAAUUAUUUAUGAUUUUAAAGCCAUAAAAUUGAUUUAAAUAAACCAACCAAAGCAGAACCAAUAUCAACUAGUUAUAAAAAUGGGGAAGAAGAAGAGAAGUAGGGUUUCCGAAGACGAGGAAAUCGAAUCCGAUGUCAACCCUUCCGAUCACAACCAAAACACCCUCUAUCAGGUUCUUGGUGUGGAGAGAACAGCAUCACAACAGGAAAUAAAGAAAGCAUACUACAAGUUAGCAUUGAGGCUGCAUCCUGAUAAGAACCCCGAUGAUGAGGAAGCUAAAGCAAAGUUUCAACAAUUGCAAAAUGUUAUCUCAAUUCUCGGGGAUGAAGAAAAACGAGCAGUUUAUGAUCAGACUGGUUGUGUUGAUGAUGCUGAGCUUGCAGGGGACGUUGUUCAGAAUCUUAAAGAAUAUUUCAGAGCAAUGUACAAGAAGGUCACUGAAGCUGACAUUGAGGAGUUUGAAGCAAACUAUAGGGGAUCUGACUCUGAGAAAAAUGAUUUGAUUGAUAUGUACAAGAAGUGCAAGGGUAAUAUGAACAGGCUAUUCUGUUCGAUGCUUUGUUCAGAUCCUAAACUUGACUCUCACCGAUUCAAGGAUAUUCUUGAUGAGGCUAUAGUUGCUGGAGAGUUGAAGGAUACAAAAGCUUACAAGAAAUGGGUAAAGAAAAUAUCUGAAAUGAAGCCACCGACAAGUCCCUUAAGAAGAAGGGCAAAAUCAUCAAAUAAGCAAUCAAAAACAGAUCUGUAUGCUAUGAUAUCACAACGCCGAGAUGAGAGGAAAGAGCGCUUUGAUUCUAUGUUCUCAUCUCUAAUUUCAAAGUAUGGUGGCGGUCCGAUGCCAGAACCCUCCGAAGAGGAAUUUGAAGCUGCACAGAUAAAGUUGGAAAGCCGAAGGCCCUCAAAAAAGUCUAAGCGAAAAUAACCAACUUAUGGUUUUGUUUUGUGUAAAAUUUGGUCGAGUUUGAACAGUACAUCAGCUAUUGUUAGUGGAAGUUCUUGUGAACUAGGGGUAAUUUGUUAAUGUGACUGGUUAGUGGAUAAUGUGAAUGCUGAAACAGCAUGAACUUUACUAAAAGCUUUAGGCUUAUGUUAUCUUCUAUCAUUUUUCUCUGA